GCGCCCCCCAGAUGCCUGCGGAGACUCCCGGGAGACUCCCGGGAAAGGUUCGCGCUUUGCCUCAAGGUGGCUCCAAGGAUCUUCCGUAGCCAUUUUGGCUCAAGUCUUGUCUCGAAUUUUACCGCACCUGUGCAUCAGCCACUGACCAAUCCGCAACGCAUCUUCGGUUCGCGUCAUCUCCGUCAUGCGCGCGGCUGCGCUUCCUGCGCUGAUCGUUGAUGCCGUGCUACAGGCGACUCCAGUGCAUUCUCUUCGCGCGCUGCCCCCCCAGUCGCCCCUGUGGCAGGCCCUCUAUCCAUAGACCGCGCCUUUUGAAGAUCAGGAGGAGCCCGAGGACAACGAGUUCGAGGUACGCGUGACGCCCGACGAGGUGAAGGCCCUCUUUCCGGAGGGCGCGAAGAUGGUUGCUUGUCCCAGCCGUCUUGGUUUUAGAGGUGCCCGAAAGCUUUCUGUCCAUGAUGCCACCGACGGGCUAGGUUCCAGGAUCCUGAACGUCAUCGGUGCUCUGAGGUACGCUGAGAAGAUGAAUGUUGGCUUCGGGGGGUUGGUCUCACUGGGGGGGGGGCGCCAUCGUCACACAACGUGAAUAUCUCUGCCGGAUUGCAUGCGUUUGUUGCGUGUGACCUAUACGUUGACGCUCUGCCGCAAGAUACGCAGGUACUCCCGUCUGUACAAGCUCUAAGUCAGCAGCUCGGUAAGGGCGCAAUUGCAAACGAGGCCCACGUUUAUGUAGAGAGCCGUGAUGACUUCAAGGGGGCGAAUUACGGCAUCCAGAUUUCUUCGACUCUAUUGGCAGCAUUGAGGGCCAGCAACGCACCUAUCAUGCAGAUGCCCCUGGUGCGUUUCCAACCCCGCGACCUCAACGUUGCCGUCCAUGUACGCCGGGGAGACGUGGAUGAUUGGGUCCCUGGGAGAGCUACGAGCCACGAGUAUUACGUUUGGCUGAUAAACAUCAUGUGGAGCAAGGUGCCCUACGCGAAGUUCCACAUCUUCAGCGAGAAGCGUCGGCGCAGCAACAACACCGACGAGUUCGACCAGUACAGCAAGCUGGGUGCCACUGUGAACCUGGACACAGAAGCAACUGAAACGCUUGCGCAUUUUGCCAGGGCCGAUGUCCUUGUUACUGCAAAGAGCAGCUUCUCAUACGCUGCAGCCCUGUUGAACCCGAAUUGUGAGCUUUACCAGAGGUGGAUGUUGGCGGUGCCUGGGUGGGUGCCACGACCAAAGUCAGAAAAUCUUGGAAACGACGCUACUGAAAUGCUCAGUCAGCAGAUCGGCAGCUGCAUGCUGAGCAUCGCAGCGCGGAAGUAUGGCGGACAGGAGUGAGCCAGGGUUUCUACAGCGAGGUUUGCUCGCUUGUAUGAUCCUUCCAUUCGCGUGAUUAUCAUAGCGCUGCAGUGGCCGCAUCAGGCAGUAUUACACGCCGCCUUGCUGCAUUUUGUAAGGGAUAGUUGUAGUUGAGAAUAAACGCAAUCAUUCCAAACCAUUUCGUGGUGUUGGAUCCUCGUUUUGAAGAGAACACCCAGCGUCCCUCCUUC